AUGCCCUCCACGACGUCGCAUCCCCCGUUUAAGUCUGCCGCGAUUCGUCGCGGUGUUUUGGGAGACUUCGAAAAGACUGCGAAGGGCGACAGGCAAAAUAUCGACGGCGGUGACGAGCGACGGCCUUUCAUCUCGAUUGCGCAGCCGUCCGCAGCGCCAGCGUUGGCACCUCAGCGAGGUAAAGAGUGGCGUGCGUACCCCAAAGUACCUUUUUACGCCGUUAUGCAGGGUCUGCAGCUGGUGAUCAACGUGGCAGGGCCCGAAGAGGACGCGGGUGAUGGUUUGAAUGAUGCCGGCCUUUUAAGGGGCCUUUCGAUGCUGCAGGAGAUGUUACAAGCAUCCGCCACAAAGUACGGCGGUGUGUACUAUAUAAGUGCUCUGCCGGCAAGCCGCAACACUCUUCUUUAUCCUGCGCACGCUACCCGUUCUCAUACCGGCGCAUCUGCUCUUUCUUCAGUCGCCACAACUGCCGAGUUGGACUACUGGAAGUAUCUUCAAGCCUUACAAGAUGUCUUUUACCGCUUUGCUGAGCUGCGUGAUCUCUGUUGCACCGGAUUUUCAAAAGAGCACUGCACGCAUCACGUUUUCUUUUUACGCAUCACAGAACACCCUCGAUUGAAGGAUCUCAUGGCGAUGCUGGCCAUUGAAAAUUCUCGUCUGUGCUUCUGCCUGUGCGCUUCUUCAAGGGUGACACAACAAUAUUUUACGCAGCGUGCGCAGGAUGUGGGGGUGGAACUGGAGUGGGUGUUGGGUUCCACGUUGGUGACGGAGCCAGAGAGGCUGGCGAUGACGGAAGUCAACCCCGUCUUUGCACUUUGGGACGUGUUUGUGAAUCUUCCGCUUCACACCACUUUUGCCGCGCAGGAGGCGAGUGGUGCGGCAGCGAUGACGUUAUCUCCUGACGGGGUCACCGCUGAACGCUUCUUGCAGAACAUAAAUGUAACACUUGUGUCCUCACUACGUUUUGCCGGAAGCGAGUGGAGUUCCCAUACUGUGCGGCUGUGCGAGGUGGGGCAGCUUUCUGAGUCUGGUCGACGGCGACUUGUGUGGUCAUUGAUGGCAACCCCAUGUGUCGUGCUGCCACAGCUUGUGUCGGGUCUUGUGCGAUGUCUCGUGGAGGAAAGCCCAGUCGAUUACUUUGAGAUGCGCUUUACACAUGACAUGGCCACGGCUACCGGGAGGGAAGGAGCGGAGAACGCAGGCCGUGGUGUCGCAUAUGUGACGGGGGCUCGCCGCGGGGUGGUGCAGCGCAAGAGUGCUUCCUCCACCAGCAACAACAACUUUUUUGCGUUUAGCCGGCUCAGCGCGGAGGCGUGGCUUUCAGAUGAUGACCGCCGUUACUACGGCCUUUUUCUCAAGGAUGACCCGGUGCCGUUGGAAUGCGAGUUCACUGUGGAGUCACUGCGGUAUCGCCGGCAGGCGGGCCAAAACGAGCCCACUACGGGCGAUGACGUGUUCCACCCGCAGUGCUGGGGCUGCGGCUUUCAGAUGGAGAACCACGUGGAGCGUAUAUUGGUUGACGACGAGGAGUGA